AUGGUUGUUGUUGAGAGGUUGGUAUGAUUUUUGUGUAGACCGCAGGCUUCCGCGUUGGCGGAACGUUAUACCGCGUAGUGACAAAGUUACCCUAACUUUCUAGAAUCCAAAUUUUUAGGUUUCCGGGCAAAUUUAAGGUUAAUUUUCUGAACUUUCAGAUUCUUAAGCUAAUUUCAGGUGAAAAAUUUGAAUUUUCAUGUUUCCCGCGUAACAUUAAAUAAAAAUUCCGGGUUUCAUCAAUCAGAAAAACUCCCAAAUCCUAAUGGAGAGGGUCAGAGAGUACAGGACUUCUAUAGACGCAGAGAAAACCCUCUGUUUUCUCUGGACCCUCUCAUCUCUAAUAUCCAGUUCUAACCUUUGAGAUACCGUAACUCUGCUCAAAAUUAAGAUUUUUGAAAAAUCUCAAAACCAUCUGAUUCGGAAAGAUCUCUUUUUCAGCACAAAAUUUAACUCUAAAGUGAAACAUUUGGGUAAUCCUAUAUCAGGUCAAAAUUUCCAAAAAAAAAAAUUUUUUUUCAAAAUUUUUUUCCCGCCCAAAUCAAAAUUUUGAUUCGGGCGGGAAUUCAAAAUUUUUUUUUUCAAAAAAAAUUUUUUUCAAGAGAAAAUUGUACUUCUCUGGACACUCUCAUCUCUCUCCUUUGAGAUACCAUAACUCUGCUCAAAAUCAAGAUUUUUUGAAAAUCUCAAAACUGUUUGAAUCAGAAAUAUCUCUAGAUUAUAAUGCAUCAGGUUAGAGAGUACGUAAUUCUGAGAGACCCAGAGAAAACCCUAUGUUUUCUCUGGACCCUCUAAUGUCCAGUUCUAAUCUUUGAGUUACCAUAACUCGGCUCAAAAUCAAGAUUUUUUGAAAAUAUCCGAACCAUCCGAAUCGGAAAGAUCUCUAGAUUAUAAUGCAUCAGGUUAGAGAGUACGUGAUUCUGAGAGACGCAGAGAAAACCCUAUGUUUUCUCUGGACUCUCUAAUGUCUAGUUCUAACCUUUGAGAUAACGUAACUCUGCUCAAAAUCAAGAUUUUUGAAAAAUCUCAAAACCAUCCGAAUCGGAAAGAUCUCUAGAUUAUAAUGCAUCAGGUUAGAGAGUACGUAAUUCUGAGAGACGCAGAGAAAAUCUAAUGUUUUCUCUGGGCCCUCUGGUCUCUCGUUUGAGUUACCAUAACUCUGCUCAAAAUCAAGAUUUUUUGAAAAUCUCAAAACCGGAAAGAUCUCUAGAUUAUAAUGCAUCAGGUUAGAGAGGACCUAAUUCUGAGAGACGCAGAGAAACCUCUAUGAUUUCUCUGGACUCUCUAAUGUCUAGUUCUAAUCUUUGAGUUACCAGAACUCUGCUCAAAAUCGAGAUUUUUUGAAAAUGUCAAAACCAUCUGAACCGCAAAAUUUGCAGAAUAUUCGCCACAUAUUUCGUGUCAGAUUACGAGAAGAAUCAUCGAACUUGGAUUAAUUUCAUAAUGCUUCCUCUAACCUUUUCGAUUUCUCAAAUCUACAGUUUUUCACUAUCAUUUUUCGAACCAAUUUUAUUGAUUCCAAUGAUUUUUUGCUUUUUGAUGACAAUGUUUUCAUUUAUCACUUUGCAAUUUUUAUAUUUGGAAAAUUCGAGGAAAUUGGGAAGGCUAAAGAAGAAUCCGAUUUUGUACACGUUGAGUAAGAAAUAUCAAAUCGAGGAGAAUUUGAAAGUUGUUUGGGUGAGGCAUGGAAAAAGUAGCUCUCCCUUCACAAGACCAGGGUUCGACCCCCACCCGGUGCACAACUUUUUUUCUUUUUAGACGAAGCUCUUGAAAUUCUCUACAAAUCUAUAUUUUCAGUACCUCCGCGCAAUGUCAUAUUUCAUGCUAACAAACUGUUGUUUUCUCACAAUUUUCUUCGUGGGACCAUCGAUUUUUGGAUUUCAGGAGAUUUCUAUUCGAUCAGCAUUGAGAUAUUUGGAUCUUGCAGUUGUCGUGUAAGUUCGCCUAACUCUCACUUAGAUAUUUUUUUCUUUCAGAAUCUGCCUAUUUAUGCCAAUCGCAAUGUUUUCGGCACUUUAUUAUCUCAAACAUCCUGCAUUUUUGAGAAGAGUUCAUUUCGAAAGUCGUGUGACUUCUAGAGUUUCGCUAAAACCUAUCAAUGAGACGAGUGUUUAUUUUAGUCAAUUGAAUAUUUCGUGGAACUAA